AUAUGUGACAAAACCUUCCCCUUCCUAGUCUACCUCUUUUAAUCAUUUUUUUGAACAAUGCAAGGAACGAUUUCUUGUACAAGGCAUUAUAAUACGGUCUCUGCCGCGGAAUCUCUUCGGCCGCUGCCGCUUAAAACACAAGAAACCGGCGAGAGUAGUGUUCUUACGUUGGUGGAGGAGAACGCACUGAUCGUGAUUGGACGGAGAGGAUGCUGUAUGUGCCACGUUGUCAAGAGCCUGCUUCUUGGACUUGGAGUCAAUCCGGCGGUUCUUGAGAUGGAUGAGGAGAAGGAAGAGGAAGUUAUGAGUGAGCUAGAGAAGAUUAGCGUUGAAGGCGGCAGAGAAACGGUGAAAUUGCCGGCGGUUUAUAUAGGAGGGAGGUUGUUUGGAGGUUUAGAUAGGGUUAUGUCAACUCAUAUCUCCGGUGAGUUGGUUCCAAUUCUUAAGGACGUUGGAGCUUUAUGGUUAUGAGUCUGUUCAAAUGAUUGUUUCCCUUAAAUAUAUGUUAACCUUGAUUUGGUAAUGAAUUUUAGUUCUUUAGGUUUUAUAAUGGAUCAAUGUUUUUCUUUGGAUAAUAAUCAUAAUAAAAUCGAAGAAUGGUUCUUAUAUUAGGCUGGGAAAGUCACUAGGAUGUAUGUAUAGUCAUUAAAUUCAAAUUGUAAAAAAACAACAUAGUGUAUGAUGGUAAUCAGAUUCAUCCAGUUAUUAGAGAGAGUUUUUGCUCACCAAGACUCAUUUUGCCCAAAAAAGGACCUAACAUUGCAAAGAAUCUCAUUUGGUAGAUUGUCGAUUCUAUCGAUACGUUUGCAAAGUCCUAGAGAACCCUUCUCUGUAUCGAUUAUACCUUAGAAUGAUUUUUUUUUUCUUGUCAUUAUCCGUGGAAGAUAUGUUUGUUUACAUGUUACUGCAACCGUAGACCUACGAUGUUCACAGUUUAUUAUUUGUUUUGUUGACGUGUGAUCACAGUGACUAAUUGCAGAUAGCUAAUUCAUGGAAAAUUUUACCAAUUUUAGUUUUAUUUUUUCUGCAAUUUGCGAUUGAUUGCUGCAACUACCUGCGGGAUGCUACAUAACUAAUCGCGAGAUACUGCUAUAGAUAA